CGAAUACAACUCUGCCACUUAUUUUAAACAGCUGGCAAAAAGAAUAAAUAAAUAUAAAUAAAACGAUAGCAAAAAUAGAUAAAUGGCAGAGUUUUGUGGAAAAACAUGAGUUGGUUUGAGGCGAAAGGUCUAAAUUGGGCAAAAAGUGCAAUAAAAGAAGCAGUUGCUUCCAUUGACAAAGCGCUUGAUAUACAAGACGACCAUACAAGUGGUGAUAAAAAUACACAAGUGCAAAAGAGUGCGACUGCGACGUCAGCUGGUGGAGCUGUACGAAAACAAAAGCUGCCAGGAGCUGCUAAUCGGGAAAGAAACGACAGCCUCAAUGUAGCUACGUCGCAGACUAGUAUAGAAACCAGCAGUCCUACUGCUACAGUAAGCUCAGUCACUACAAUAUCCUCGCCCACAUCGGCAGCGCCGUUGGUCUCAUCGACAUGGGGCUCAUUCACAGGUUCUUUUUUUGAAAACCCAAAUGUACAACAGACCAUCACAGCUCCGCCACGUACAAGUGCAGUUAGUAUAGGUAUGCAGUCCGCUGGUGUAAAACCACAACGCGAUGCAUCACCUAGUCCGGGGGCAGGUGACAGCGAAUCGCCGACCAAACAUCGACCUUCUAUUACUUCAACAACAUCCGAUUCUGUGGAGUUGCUCUCACCGCCUGUGUCAAGUAGUUCGGAACUACAGUCGCCAGCUCCUGGUGUCCAUAGCACUAAUAGUAAUGAUGCAUCCGCGUCUGUGGAAACCAUUAGUGUGACACCCACCUUUGAUAAUGAGGUUAUCGGUAAAAAUUUUUGCAUGUCAACAAGUGCCUCACUGCCAGACAGCAUUGUAAUUAUCUCAGAAAAAGAGGAGUACGAAAAGGAGGAAGAUUCAAUAUCUUACAAAACGAUUGUUGGGGACUCGCUAGACCCUGCAGAAAAUGAAGAAAGCAUUAUCCUCCCUGCAACACACUUCACUAACCCUAUCGAGUUGCCGGCCAUUUCAACCAGUUGCUCUCCGAGCCAAAAAAUGAUUAUAUCUCUGGAAGAUACACACAGUGAUUCACAUCAUGCCGAUUCAGACUCCACGCAAAGUUUCGAAGACGUGCAAAUGCAGACAAGUUGUGUCGUUAGCCAAUACUUGGAGAAGACACAGACAGUUUCUCCAGCAUCUGAUGAUCAAACAGAUCCCUUGAACUCUAAAUCAAACUCGUCACCACACAAUUCGAACGAUGAAAUGGAAACUACCACAUCGUCAGAUAUAGAAAUUAUUUCGAACCCCACAGGCAACGGCGACUCCUCCAGUACAAAUAGCAUGGCACGUGCCAGCCCUUUAAAAUGGAAAAAACUAAUGAGUGGUCAGCCGAGCAGUUUACCGUCUUCGAAGAAAGGACAUAUUCGUGGUCCAUCCGAAAUAUCUAUACUAUCCGAAGAUUCUCAAUCAGAACUUGAUAAACUUUUGCAUCGCAUUAGCGAACUGAGUGAUACCUUAGAAGCCCGCGAGUUACGUUUGUUGCAGUUGGAAAGGCAAAAUGUUAAACUACAAGAGCGUAAUGCUGAAAUCGAGAAUAUUCUGGAUACCAUGAAAUCGAAUAGUGGCAAUAUUGAUACCGCAGAGGGUUAUACACAACGAUUAUCGGCAUUGGAAAAGAAAUUCCAAGCCAGCAUACGUGAGCGGGAUGCGCUGCGCAUACAACUCAAGGACCUGAAGGAGGAGCUGCAGCUGAAGAUACCUAAAGAGCAAUUGACAGAAAGUAACAUAAUGAUUGAGGAGUUGCGAUCGGAAGGUGAAAAGUUAUCGAAGGAAAUUCUCCAACAGUCUAAUAUCAUAAAAAAAAUCCGUGCAAAAGAAAAAACCACUGAUGUAACGCUAAAAAAGAACAAAGAAGAAAUUGCGAGUCUAACAGAUGAGCUUGAACGACUCAAAAAAACCUUAAACGCAAAGGAAGAAAUGGAACGCUCACAAAUUGAAGCAGUAUAUAAAAUGUCUUCCGAGAAACGCAAGCUUGAGGACGAAAACGCACAGAUGCGCAGCAAGCUUGAAGAUUUACAAUCGAGGUUGAGCACUUUACAGUCAAGUUUCGAAGCUGCAAAGUUGGAAUUGCAACAACGUACGCGCCAACACACUGAUCUAACACGCACCGCUGAAGAAGCGAUUUCCGCGAAGAAAGAGCGCGAAUUGUUAAAAGCAGAGAAUCAAGAAAUUUUAAAACAGUUAAACGAAUUACGUGAAAAAUUACGUAAUACGGAGCAGGGGACAGCAAGGCGAGAACAACAGCUGCGAGAAGACAAUAGGGAACUGAUGAGACGUUUGGAGGCAGCGGAAAUGCGUGCAGAGGCAUCUGCGCAGGAGGCGAGUUUGACAACAGUGCCACUAAUGCGGCAACUGGAAUCGCUACAAAAUACGCUAACCCAGCGAACUAGCAACUGGAAUCAAGAGGAAAAAAUACUACUGGACAAAUUAGUUUCUGCACAGAACAAAUUGAAAUCACUAGAAAAUGUGGAGUCAAAAUAUGAAGAACGUGUUGAAUUGCUACAAAAACGUUGCGCUGAACUCGAGGAAUCCCUUUCACACGCGUUGUUGCAGGAGGAAAAAGCGAAAAUGGCGCUACAGCAAGCCCAACUGGACCAUACAAUGAAGGAAAGCAGCGUGAAAAGAGAAAUGGCCGACCAUAAAGUACAACUCGAAGAGUAUACGUCAAAGGUAGACAUUUUAGAGCGUAAAAAUAAAGUAUUAGAAGAGAAACUGCGAACGAAAACUGAAGAAAAAAUUCAAUGUUUUGUCGGCGGCGCUGAUAUGGCUCACAGUGGAACUGAGACACAGCGAAUUGUUCCGCUAUCGGCAGCAACUUUGGCACCACAUGAACUAACACGCCAACACUCACUGGAGCAAUCUCAUCGUUCACAGUCACCGGCAAUGAGUUUUGAACGCACUUCGCAGGAAGAAACAAUGGAAGGUGGAAGCAUUGAUUGGCAGACAGUUAGUAAAGAAGAUAUCGACUGCGUUUCGAAUUCUGGCCGUCACAUGAGCAACCUUGCCUACGGCAUGCAUAUGAAUUUUAUGGGGCACACCACAUCUACACUGGAGCAUUUACAAUCAAUGUUAAAGCAGCGUGAUGGUGAGCUGGUGCACAUACAAUGGGAGUUAGCAAGGCUGCAGGAGGGGCGCAGUGUAUUGACGGAGGAGAUCGCCAUGCUUACGACAGAACUUGAAGCCACAAAGGAAAAGCUGCUCUCCCACGAAUCACUGGAGCAAAGCUACGAAGAACUUCAGCGUAAUUAUGACGCGCUACUGCAAAUGUAUGGUGAAAAGGUUGAACGUACGGAGGAAUUAGAAUUAGAUUUGAAGGAGGCACGUGAAGCGUAUAAGGCGCAAAUCAAUGAGCUUUUGGCUCAGCCGUCGCGGCCCACUACAUGAUACUUAUAAUCUUGGCAAUGCGGAUGUUGUAGUGAGUUGAACCACUCUCUGGAUCCACUUGUUAUUUAAUUCCAUUCUAGUUUUAAUUGUAAUUAUGAUAUUAUAUGUAUGCAGUUAUAUAAUAUUACAAUAUUAUGUUUGAUAUGCUUUUCGAAAUGUUGCUGUGCUGUUGUUGAGCUACAGAAGCGAAAGGUAUCAUUUAAUAAAGUCAUUGGUAUAAUUUAUGCACAUAA